GAGUAUGGCCCGGCCCAUGAUUCAAUAGCAUCUUCCUUCUUCCCGCCCAUUCCCCUCUCUCUCGUCUCUCUCUCUCUCUCUCACGCGAUUUUCAUCGAAUUUGUUCCAGAAACAUCAGUGAAAUAUGGAAAGACCUCUCUUUCUAAAGCCAUUGAGCAUUCAAGAUGAAAAUUCUGUCAUCCACCGUAAAAAAGUGGGUGCUGAUGGCAUAUCCAAGACAUCGGGGCCAUUAGCAAAGAAGAGUGGAGUUGUACGUGAGAGUCGUAAAGCUCUGAAUGACAUUACUAAUAAGUCGUCUAUUCGUCCUGAGACAACCUCCAAGAGUAAAAAGUCAGGAAAGAAACAGUCUAAAGUUGUUGAAAAUGGAUAUUCAAAUCAGCAAGUUUUGGAGUGUGAGGCACUGUCUAAGAAAAAGAUUUCAGUACAUGAGAAAUUGAACAUUGCGGAAGAAGGUUUCUUGCACGAUCACAGUAAGUGCAUUGAUGCACAAAAAGCAGCAGCAGCGUCACAACUUAAUUUCUGGGACACAGUUCUUCCUGGACAUGAUUCAACAGACCUGAUAAUGGAACGGCCAAAGGGUGAUCCUGAUAACUGCUAUCCCAAACUGGAAGAGUUAUCCAUGCUCGAGUUUUCUGAUUGGUUCAAGCCUCAUUGGAAGUCUCCUCCUCCUUCACCACUACACCAGGAUUCUCCCUCUGCGUGGGAGUUUGAGGCAGUCGAGUUACUACUCAAGGAAGACGAUUAUCACGUAGGACGUGAUGUUAGUUUGUAAUAGAAAAUCGAACUUUCUGUUAAGUAGAAAGCUGAUAGUUUUGUGAUCAGUGUGCUAUUGCUGGUCCAAAUUGCUAUAAAUAUUGGUAGUUGUGUUUAAGAUGGGAUUCAACUCUUGCAUAGCGGUGAAUUCAUGGAUGUUGGUUUAUGUAUUGAUAUUUUGAAUACCAUCACUCGUGAUUUGCUUCAUUGAGC